AUGAGAUCUUCAGUUUUUGUUAUUUUAAGCAUACUUGCUCUUGCUUCAGCCACCCAAUACGUUCCAAUUCCCGACAAGCCUGAUGGCGUCGGUUUUGGUAAUGUUAAUGCCACUUUGACUAUUGAUGCUUGGUAUGAUUUAACCUGCCCUGACUCUCUCUACACAUAUCAAGAAUUGAUCUCUGCUUUAAAUAACCAAACUCUUGCAGCUUAUGUUAACUAAAUUAGAGUUAAUUAUCACAUCAUGCCCCUUCCCUACCAUUACAAUGCUUUCUACCUUGCUUAAGUGUUCAAAUACGUCCUUGAUGUUAAGGGAGCUGAAGCCACUCUCGUUUAUGUUGAUUAAAUAUUUGAAAAUCAACCUGAUUACUACAAUGCACUUAAUUUAACUACUACUCAAAUCUAUUAAUUGAUUGCAGAUAAUACUUCUUAAUAUUUAUCAGCUUACAAUGUCACUUCAUAAGAAAUUUUGGACUCUUUCAAUGAUUAUGACUACAACGGUGGUGCUAGAGCUAGUUACAAGCUAGGAAGCGGUUUAACAGUUACUGGUACUCCUUCCAUGUUCGCCAAUGAUGCAUUUAUUAAUGAUGGUUAAGAUUUGAAUGCUGCUGGUUGGGUUGAUUUUAUUCUCUCUGUUUUCGAGCCUCAACCUGAUGAAGAACUUAUUUCCUCAUACUGA